AUGUUUCAACAACAAACCCACCACCAACAACAAGAACUCUUCCCGUGUCCCUAUGAAAAUUGUUUCACUCAUCAUCAUGAUCAAUCCUCGUCCUCCUCCUCAUCCACAAACUCUUCGGAACUCUUCUCCGAGAAUGAUCUCGUACAACAUUGCUUACAACAUCAUUCCCGAGAAAAUUCCAAACAAAUUUGUACCAUUUGUGAGCAACGCCAUCAUGAUCGGAGCUUAAAGGGUUCUCGGGAUUGGGGGUUUUCAACCCACUUGUAUUUUGAGCAUGGAGAAAUGGCAACUCCUGAGGCGAAACGGAGAGAAGAAAUUAAGGAAGAGAGGUCGAGUAAACCAACGUAUAGUUUUGCCCUCGUCAUUGUCCGUCAACCUUCCACUGGCAAAUUUCUUCUCGUUGAAGAAUGUUGUAAUCAAGGUUGGUGGUUACCAGCAGGUCGCGUCGAUCCUGGUGAAACGUUCCAACAGGCAGCACUUCGUGAAACCACCGAAGAGGCAGGUAUCCAAGUCGAAUUGAAAAACAUUUUACGAGUCGAAUAUUCUCCUUUCGUAAAUGGUGGAGCUCGACAAAGAAUCGUCUUUUAUGCAGAACCAGUAGAGGAAAAUCCAGUGUUGAAAAGUGUUGCAGAUUUUGAGAGUGUUUGUGCCAAAUGGUUCUCCUACGAAGAGUUUGAGAAGGAUUUUUUGAAUCGAUCGACUCGAACAAGGAAAUUGAGAGGAAGUGAACCUAUUCAAUGGUUUAAAUACGUGCAUUCGGGAAAGCCCAUGUAUCCCAUGUCCAUGUUGACCUUUGAGGGAGAUCCUUAA